GAAGAGAAAUCUAUUUUUUUGUGACGUCUGAUCAUAAAAUCUUCAUCACUCGAGUGAAUUCCCCUGAACUAGCACUAAUUAAUUAAAAAAUCACAAUUUUCAAGCAUUGUUUGAAGGUGUAAACACUCGCUGCGGCAUUUCACGGAACGUAAACAACUUCAAAUACCACUGGGUGCAUUUUUAACGGAUGUUUUGGUAAUCUCCCUCCCCCACUCUUUUUUUAUCCAUCGUGUUUGAUCGUGUUGUCACCCUAAACACUUCGCAAGGGAUUCAGAACCAAUUUUGGAUAUUUUCCACGUGACUUUGAUAGAAAAAUAAGUUUUUAAACUGAAAUUCUUGUUAAAUCGUGUCGUUUGCAAGUGGAGAGUGGACGGAGCAAUGAUUUUACAGUGAUUUAGUGGAGAUUGUAGGCAAUUGUAGGGUCGUUAGAGGUUAGAACCUCUAAAAAUUGGGAUUUCGGCAGAUUCGGGAGAGAUGGCACCCACCAGGAACACGAUAAUCGUGGAGAGGCUGUCCUCAGUAUUCUCCACCCCCGAAAAUAAAGAGGAUCUCUCCGAGGUAUGUGGGACGAUAUCCUCAGACAUCCUGGCAGGUUCGACAAAGCUCUGCGACGUAGUAGAACAACUAGGAGAAUUCCUCACAAGUACCGACAUCAGCCUGCGUGAGAAUGGGGUCCGUUCGCUCUCCACAAUAAUCCAAAAGCUCCCUCAGGACUUCCUCAGCCCGCAGGAGCUCGAGCUGCUGACGUCGUUCUACUGCGAUCGCCUGAAGGACCACCACAGCAUCAUUCCCUCAGUGAUCCUGGGACUGCUAUCCCUCGUCCAGAUGACGAAUCUCCCUGCUGACGCACCAGGUAGACUCGUCCACACCCUGGCGCAGCACGUUCGCUGCCAGUCUGAGCUCCAGGAGACCCGCAGGAACAUUUACCUCAUCUUCCAGACCCUGUUGGACACGCGAAUCGACGCCCUGAAGGCGCUGGGCCCUGACUUCGUCUACAUAGUGAUAUCUUCGAUGGAUGGGGAGAGUGAUCCCCGCAAUCUCCUGCUCCUCUUCGGAAUUCUCCCAAAAUUCAUGAAGGAAUUCCCUCUCGGGCACCUAACCGAAGAGAUGUUCGAGGUGAUUGCCUGUUAUUUUCCAAUCGACUUCACGUCAGGAGGAAAAGAGGGUAAAGGAAUCACGAGGGAGGACCUCUCCAGAGGCCUCGAGAGGUGCCUGUCAGCCCUCCCCUCCUUCUCCGACUCCUGCAUUCCGCUGUUGCUCGAGAAAUUAGACUCCAGUCUAAAAACAGCAAAGCUGGACUCUCUGUCCCUGCUGUCCACUAGCUGCUCGACAUUCGGGGUUGCAGGUCUCAAGGAACACCUGGACGAGAUCUGGAUAAUGCUGAGACGUGAGGUGAUGCCUGGGAGCGAUCAGGACGUGAGGACAAUGGGGCUCCAGGCCAUCACUGACGUCUCAAGAGUGCUGUCAGGGGACCCAAUCGUCUCCGAGAAGUUCGUGGGGAAGAUCCUAACAGACACCAAGUCCUCCUUCUGCGACGUUCAGUUGAGUCUCUUCUGGCCAGCUGAGAAGCUCCUGGAGGCCGUCGCCAAGGGGGGAAAGGAGAGCUGCAUUCACGUCCUGAGAGCUGUGAUCCCACUGUCUCUGGGGCAGUACUCCACGAAGACCAGGACUGCUGACAAGAUCAGCCUCAUGGAGACGUUGAACAGUUUCAUAAAGAUAUCUGGGGCCCAUGGGUUCAAGAUAUCUGAUGUGCCUGAAUUAUCCUGGACGGAUAUACCUAAUUUGUACUUGAACGAACUUCACGAGGGGGAGAAUGCGCUGAAGGCGAGGGCUCUGGUGGGUCUGGCUGCUCAAGUCUCCUCUUUAUCGGAACCCCAUCGUCAGGGGCUUUACGGGAGACUCUGCGAGGAGAUCGAUGCUGGGGGGGAGGAGUUGGAGGCAGCUUGUCACUUGGUCCUGUCGGUUUAUGGGAGAGAACAUUGUGGAGAGGUCCAGGGGCUCCUCCAGGAGCGUCUGAAGGUCGAUGUCGAUGUCCCGGGGAAGCUUCUCGAGAACAGGCUGAAAGCUCUCUCGUCAGUUGCCAAAAUUCCGGACCUGGGGGCUGGCAUUCUCCCCUGUGUCCUUGGAGUCGCUGUUUCCGGGGGGUUUGAGUCCUCCUCAGCUGCACUGAGGUGCCUCCAGGGACUGCUGCUGGAUGAGAAAGGGGAGUUCGAUGUUCAUAAUUACUUGGAGCAUGAUUGCGGGGCUGUCGAGAGGCUUGUGGAGUCUGUGGGAGAUGGGAAUGUCGAGAGAAUGCGACUGGUCGCCAACAUCUGUUGCUUGAUUGUGAGGAAGCUGAGGCCUGAGGCCCAGAGGAUCGUUGUGGAGAGGCAUUUUAGGGGUUUGAGGGCCAGAAUUGCUGAGGAUAUUGUGCUCCUCGAGGGGAUUCUCACUCCUCUGGCUCCUGAGGUUGUUGAGACGAUCCCAAUUGACGUUCUGGAGCAGUUCUUCGAGAUCUCUUUGAAGAGUCCUGAUGGGGAGUCGAGGUCGUCAGCAUGCAGAUUGGUUUCGAUUUUAGUCAAUAAAAUCGGGGAAGGGGAGACCCUGGGGAGGCACUUGAGGGUCUUCAGGGAGGUUUUGACGCAGAUUCUGGAGGGGGAGAACGGCGGUGGGGGCAAGAGGGCUGCUGUGGUGAUGCUCACUUGGCUGACGAAGAGUCUCAUCCUCAGGGGGAGCAGGGAGUCCCAGGAUUUUCUGGAUUACCAGAUUAAUGUACUGAAGAAUGAGGACGUUGGGGAGUUCGCUGGGGAAAUGUUCAGGGUGCUUAUUGACAGGGGGGAGAGGACCUUGACUGAGGAGAAUCGAUGUGCUGUGAAGAUUUUUUACAAGCAGAGGGUCUUUCAGAGUGUUAUUCAACAGAAUGGGCAGUUUGAAGGGGCUGCAAGGCAGAAUUAUCUCAUCGCUUUGAGCCAUCUGGUGCAGGAGAUUCCGGUGGAACUGAUGAGCAUGCAUUUAAUGAAGAUUGUCCCAUCUCUCGUGGAAUCCCUCUCGAUGGAGAGCAACCAGCUCCUCCUAUCGACCCUCACCACCCUGGAGCAGCUGCUGAACACAAAACACGACAUUUUCAUCGAGCAAAUCCAGAGCUUCAUACCGAGAUGUUUAAACCUAUCGACCCACCCCAAAAUGCAAAUAAGGAUAGCAGCCUUGAACUGCCUGCACAGCUACUGCAGUUAUCCGACGACGAUAAUAAAAAUGUACAAGAACGACGUGAUUGACAAAUUGUCUGAGACGAUUGACGACAAGAAACGACUGGUGCGGAGGGUCGCAGUGAAGACGAGGACCAGGUGGUACCUCGUGGGGGCCUCUGGAGGGCCGGACUAACAUCCUCACGAGUAGAUUAGGAACAAAUUGUGGAACAGCUGUUGUAAUAAUCCCUUAAUGUACAGAAACAGAAAAUAACGUGAGGGUUAAUUGAAUAAAGAGCAUUGAUUUUAUGUAA